CAAAAAGAAUUUGAACAGAAAAUCCCGGCACUGGUCUGAUCAGGUUUUUAGGUACUGUAACCCAACAGAAAACAACGGUUUUAGCUUUACAGUUCAACCCAAGUGGAGUUUUUCCGAGAAGGAACUGACAUCUUUGGCCUGGGAACUAGAAGAAGCACGUAGCGCGAAAGCCUGGGAAUGAAGUAAAUUGUAAGAGCCAACAUGGCGACCUACUUGCAGAGAAGAAUGUUGUCUGUCUUCGUUCGCUUUAGCGGUCUGUCCAUACGACAGUCCUUACCUGCAAGGCACAAUCCUAGCCUGAAGAGAAAGAAAAAUCUGGCUGUGAAGAAAAAGAAGAAAACUCCUUCGUUCAACGUUCGUAAAACAGAAAUUGUCCCUCCAAUUGAUCCGGAAUCCUUGUUGAAUGCAGCACUCUUGGAGGCAUCGAGACAACGACACCCACUCGAGGUAUCGCCUGAAGAGCAAGAGCGACGAAUUUUACUGUUAAAAGAGUGGUCGAGACACAAGAUGCAGCAGCACAAAGAAGAUCUACAGCGUGUUCAAGAAUUGGAAAGGUGUCGCGAAGAAGCCUUGAAGGAACUCAAGAAAAGCUCGUUGCAUCUUUAUGAACAGGCUAUUCAAGUCGGCGGAGAUCUUUUCCCAUUGCAGUUCAAGGGCCCGACGGAGACGCCACCGAUAGCUGACUACAUGGCACCUGACAUGGAUGAUAAAGUUAAGGGUGCAAGUAAAGCCAGACGUUAAUCAAGGUGAUUAAUCAAGUUGAUUAAUCACAGACAGUAUUGUUGUGACACAUUGGAUGUACAUUAGUUUUUAUUACGUAAAUUGGGAGUAACCCUGCGUAAGUCAUUUCAUCGUGCAACAAACUGCAGACUGCAGAUCUGCAAUCAUUUACUUGCACACCACUCUAGCUAGCUGUAGUUAAAAUGAAUUUAUGGCUCUCCCUUUCUUCCUCAGUCAUAAGGAAACAGUUGCAUA